AUGGUGCUGGGCGUCGCGGCACAGGUGUCCGUCGCCGGCGCGCUUACGGACCCCCGCGACGUGCUCGCGCUCCGGACGAUCCGUGCCGAGGUGGAGGGGCGCGACAUCUACUGGGCGGGAGCCGUGGCGGAGUGGGAAGGGGACGAUCCUUGUGGUGACUCGUGGGAGGGCGAGUGGGAGGGCAUCUCGUGCCGCGGGCAGCCGACGGGUCCUGGCGUCGUGCGGCGCGUCACGAACUUCCACCUGCCGGACCGCGGUCUCACGGGACCCGUUCCGCGCUCCCUCGCCCUGCUCACUGCGCUGACCGAGAUCGACCUGGACAGCAACGCGCUGUCAGGGCCGCUGCCUCCUGAGCUUGGGUGCCUCACCGCGCUGCGCGAGAUGGACCUCGCGAACAACCCGGGAAUCACGGGCAGGAUCCCGCCGGAGUGGGGCCGCCUGCAAGCGCUCGAGGAGCUCGAGUUCGAGCUGAACAGCGGCAUGAGCGGGUGCCUGCCGCGGGGCGUGCCUGCACCCGCGCGCUUCUGCGGUGUCGGCUGCGUCGACUUCAGCCUCGACCCCGUCGUCGGGACGUCCACGCGCGGCUCCGGGAUCCGGCCGUGGCCGUGCCGCAGCCGCGCCGACCCUUUUAUGCUGCCGCUGCGCUGCCCGGCGCCUCCCGAGGCCCCGCCGCCUGUCGAGGCCAUGGACGGCGCGAUGCUGGGCUGA